AUGCUCUAUGAUAUGGAGUCCCAUAGCAGGGGAAGGGGCAUUGGAGUUGCUUUGGAGGGAAAAAAGAAGCAAAAGGUCGCAUAUGUCCCAGGUUGCAUGACACUAUUGUGUCUUUGGUACUACGAGAUGACAGGCAUAAAGAAAUAUGCCCUCUUAGACACCUCCAGACCUCCAAUGACAAAUUGGGCAUCAGGGGAGGAGAGAAUCGCAUCUAUGAGGAUGCCGACAAUUAUUUCAAAGGCUAAGUCAGCGUCAAUAACAUUUGUCCAUAGGCCUAUUGCGGAGGUCGCUUCUCCUGGUCAUGUUCAUUCACUUCCCGCUGAACAGAGGGAUGAAGUUCUUCAGCAAAAGCGUCAGGCAAAGAGGAAGGCUUUGCAGGAAGAAACUACUAAGAACUUCUCAAUAGGUUACAUCAUGGCAAAGCAUAUUGACGUUGCUUUUGACGAUGAAGAGGAGAUCAAUGUUCUUCCCAUUGAGCAGCAACUCACAUUUUGGAGAAAUUCUGCUAAAUUUCUCAAGCGACUUCUUGUUGCUACAAAGCAGACCAAGAGCAAAUAUUGUAAAGAAUUCAUGAUUGAGAUCAACAGGCUUAACAGGAUAAUUGAAAAAUGUGGAAGACAUGAUGAGGUUAUAGACCCAGUGCUGCUUAAGUCAAAUAUCAAACAGAAAAUUGCAAAUGAAAUUAGGAAGAAGCGACAGGGAGCUCAAGAGGAACAGAAGUCCAAAACAAGCAGUGUAUAUAAGGAAGAGCCCACCAGUCAAGAACAUGUACAUAAGAUUGUUGAAGAGGAUGUAAAGCAUCUUGCUGACGAUGAGGCAAUAGAAGAGGAGCCAGUUACUUCUCCAGGGGAGGGGGUAUAUAGUAAGGUUGACCAGACUGUAGAUACUAAGGUUGAUGAUAGUGUAAAUAAGGAAGAGGAGCAUAUGCAACAUAUUGUAGAUAUGGAAGAGGAGCAUAUGGAACAUAUUGUAGAUAUGGAAGAGGAGCAUAUGGUAGAUAAGGAAGAGGAGCAUAUGGAAGAUAUUGUAGAUAAUGAAGAGGAGCGUAUGGUAGAUAAGGAAGAGGAGUAUAUGGUAGACAAGGAAGAGGAGCAUAUGGAAAAUGAAAAUUUUAUUGUAGAUAACAAAGGUUUUGAUGAGGAUACUGUUGAUGGUGUAGAUAAGGAGGAAGAUAUUGUAGAUAAAGGCAAGGAGAAUGUAGAUAAGUUGGAAGCACAGGAGGAAGAGGAUCUUGUGAAUAUUGAACAUAAUGUGGACAAACUUGUAGAUGUUCUAACGAGCAAUGUGAAAGCAAAGCGUAGACCAAAGGCAAAAAGGGUAAGCAGGAGAUCUAAAUGA